AUGUCUAGGGCCCAGAUCCGCAAGACGAUCGGCGACUGGGUGAACGCCGCCAAGUUGGCUGUCCAGGCUGGCUUUGAUGUGAUCGAGAUCCACGGUGCGCAUGGCUAUCUCAUCCAUGAGCUCUGCUCGCCGGUAAGUAAUAAGCGCACGGACGAGUACGGGGGGAGUUUCAAAAACCGCGUCCGUCUGGCGCUGGAGAUCGCGCGUGGCAUUCGCGCUGCGAUCCCGGAUUCAACACUCCUCUUCUACCGCAUCAGCGCCACUGAGUGGAUGUCUGCCACUAGCAGUGAAAAGGAGGAAGAGGAGGAGUCCUCCUGGACAAUCGAACAGUCAAUCCAGCUGAGCGAGCUGCUCAAGCCGUUAGGUGUUGAUCUCAUCGACGUCUCGUCCGGUGGCAUCUCGCCGCUCCAGCAGCUUCCUCCUCUGGUGCCGGCUUACCAGGCCCCGCUGUCAAAGGCCAUCAAGGAUGGCGUGCCGGGUAUCCUCACCAGCGCGGUGGGGAAGAUCUGGGACGCGAAGACGGCGGAGCAUGUUGUUUCGUCUGGCAUGGCGGAUGUGGUCUUUAUUGGACGCGAGUUUGCGAGGAAUCCUAGUCUGGUUCUGGACUUUGCGUAUGAUUUGGGGGUGCGUGUUAAAUGGCCUGUUCAGUUGCAUAGGAGUCAGCCUCGUUAA